AUGGACUGGUUGUCUCUCGCAUGCUGCACUGCGGCCCUGGUCCUUGUGCUCGUGCAGUUGAGCGCGUGCAACGACCGGCUUGUCCCCGGCAAGCUGCUCUCCCCCGGUGCAACCAUCGUCUCCGAUGGCGGUUCCUUCACGUUGGGCUUCUUUGACCCCACCAACGCCAGUAUUCCGGCCAGAUUGUACCUUGGCAUUUGGUACAGCAACAUACCGGAGCUCACCGUGGUGUGGGUCGCCAACAGGGAAAAUCCGGCGGCCACGAACAGCACCACACCGGUGCUCUCCCUCACCAACUCCUCCAAUCUUGUUCUGUCCGACAGUGAUGGUGAUCCCGUCCUUUGGACGACAGGCGUGGCCACUGCAACGAGCUCUUCGCAAACCACGGCGGUCCUUCUGAACACCGGCAACCUCGUCAUCCGGUCAGCGAACGGUACGACGCUGUGGCAGAGCUUCGAUCACCUGACUGACACGUUCCUCCCGGAGAUGAAGUUACGGGUCAGGUAUGGCAUGCACACGGGCGCAGAUCGCCUUGUGUCAUGGAAGGGCCCCGAUGACCCCUCAGUAGGGCGCUUCUCCUACGGCGGCGACCCGGAGACGAUCCUCCAGGUAUUCCUUUGGGACGGGGCACGCCCGGUGGCACGCACAGGCCCGUGGACAGGGUACCUGGUGAAGGCCGAGCAGCAAUACCAGCAGGAGUCGUCCGUCAUCAUCUACCUAGCUGUCGUCGCCGGUCCCGAGGAGAUCUACACCACCUACACCGUCUCUUGCGGGGCAGCCCACACAAGGUACGUGGUGACCUGCCUCGGCGAGUACCAACUCCAGAUAUGGAGCAGCAAGAUAUCUGCAUGGGUUGUCCUCUCCAAGUGGCCGUCCCUCGAAUGCAGCCGCUACGGCUACUGCGGCCCCUUUGGGUAUUGCGACGAGACAUCAACGCCUCUCCAAACAUGCAAGUGCCUCGAUGGUUUCGAGCCGACUAACAUGGAAGAGUGGGACAAGGGUAGGUUUUCGGAGGGGUGCCGGCGGAAGGAAGCACUACAAGGGUGUGGUGAUGGCUUCUUGGCCUUGUCCGGGAUGAAGUCGCCGGACAAGUUCGUGUUUCUAGCGAACAGGACACCGGAGGAGUGCGUGGCGGAAUGCGUAAGCAACUGCUCUUGUGUAGCGUAUUCUUACGCUAACCUGGUUAACGGCAGUUCCGGGGAUAACGUGACGAGGUGCUUGGUAUGGUCAGGGGAGUUGGUUGACACGGGCAAGAAUCUUGUCGGCAGUGACACCCUCUAUCUCCGGCUUGCAGGCUUGGAUGCACCAUCUGGUAAAGGGACCAAGAGCAAUAGACUUAAGAUGGUACUGCCAAUUUUAGGAAGCAGCGCUGUGGCACUCAUAUGCAUCUCCCUUGUAUGGUUCAAGUUAAAAGGCAAUAAGAUAAAUUGGAAACAACGGAAUAUAACACCAAAUGUUACUGGAGCAUCUUAUGUACUUGGGGAAGAAAAUCCAAAUCGUGAUUAUGAACUUCCAUUUGUACGGUUGGAGGAAAUUGCCCAAGCAACACAUAACUUCUCCGAAACAUGCAUGAUUGGACAAGGAGGAUUUGGCAAAGUUUACAAGGGAAUGUUAGGUGGUCAAGAAGUGGCGCUCAAGAGGCUAAGUAGAGAUUCUCAUCAAGGAACUAUAGAAUUUAAAAAUGAAGUAAUUCUAAUUGCAAAACUGCAACAUAGAAACUUGGUUCGACUUCUUGGAUAUUGUGACGAGGGAAGUGAAAAAAUUCUUAUCUACGAGUAUCUGCCAAACAAGAGCUUGGAUGCUACCUUUUUUGAUGAUUCAAGAAAAUUGUUGUUGGAUUGGGAGAAACGGUUUAGUAUAAUCAAAGGGGUUGCUAGAGGACUUCUUUAUCUCCAUGAAGACUCAAGGCUGACCAUAAUUCACAGGGACUUGAAAGCCGGAAAUGUUUUGCUAGAUGCAGAUAUGAAACCCAAGAUAGCAGAUUUUGGUAUGGCUAGGAUCGUUGGCGAUAACCAACAAAAUGCAAAUACCCAGCGAGUCGUCGGAACAUAUGGUUACAUGGCCCCUGAGUACGCAAUGGAAGGCGUCUUCUCAACUAAGUCUGAUGUCUACAGCUUCGGGGUGUUACUAUUAGAGGUUGUAACAGGUAUAAAGAGAAGCUCCAGUAUUGAAAGCAUGGGUUUUUCUAGACUAAUACGCUAUUCAUGGAAUAUGUGGAAGGAAGGGAAGCCAGAGGAACUAGCAGACUCGUGUAUCAUGGAUUCAUCUUCACCAGACGAAAUUUUUCUUUGCAUCCAGGUAGGACUCCUUUGUGUUCAAGAUAACCCACAUGACAGGCCACACAUGUCAGCUGUUGUGUUCGUCUUGGAGAACGGAAGCACCACACUUCCAGCCCCCCAUCCGUCCGUCCCAGUUUGA